AUGUCACAGGCUUCCAGUUCAAUAACCAACAGAUUUGUGUCUAAAAUCGCUUCAAAGGAAUUCAGAAACUAUUUAAUGAGUACCCAUUUCUGGGGACCUGUCGCUAACUGGGGCUUACCCUUAGCUGCUAUCGCAGAUUCACAAAAGGAUCCUAGUCUAAUUUCAGGAAAUAUGACGUUAGCUUUAUGUAUUUACUCUGGUCUAUUCAUGCGUUUUGCUUUGGCUGUUAAGCCUGUCAAUUAUUUACUGUUCGCAUGCCAUGCUACAAAUGAAGUAGCCCAAUUAAACCAAGGUUACAGAUUUCUAAAGUACAACAAGUAA